UUGACAACAAUACAUUUUCCAUUUUCCAGGUCAGCGCGGUGGUCAGCUGUUAGUGCUCUUGGUGCAGGGAGAGGGAUUGUGUUGCCUUUGGCUUGGCUAUAACGCAUCCUAUUGUUAUUGCAUAGCCUAGACCUAGUCACAAGUUUUCAGGAAGAAUAUUGUGCUUGUCGAUUGAAUCUGAGGCAAGACUCUCAAACAACUGUUUUUUAGUUACUGUAUAGAGCCUAAAACUCCUAGGCCUACUACGAACGAUACUUACGUCGUACGUAUGCAAACUUAUCAAACAGUCAUCGGGCGCAAGUUUGAAGUAGUACUUACUACUAGCCUAGUAGGCUAGAUAUUCGCUCUGCACAGCAUUUCACCAUUAUAAGGGGAUCAAGCCCAAGGCCUAGACCUACUCUUCUUACUACCUUAGCCUAAGGCUUAGGGGUUUAAAACCAACUUCACUGCAAGGAAGUGAAAAUGGCAACAGGAAUGGACCAAGUGAUGGGCCUAGGAAUGUCUGCAGGGGGAAUUCUUAUCUUUAUUUACUAUUCUGUCUGGAUUUUGAUACUGCCAUUUGUUGAGACAAGCCAUGUUAUUUAUCAAUUUUUCCUACCAAGGGCGUAUGCUGUAAUCAUUCCAGUCAUAGCCGGAGUAUGCCUCCUUACCAUUUUAUGUAUAUUUGCUGCUUAUAUUCUAUUUGGAAAGAAGAAAAAGAAAGAAUAGAAUUGUUUGAAAUUUUCAGGAACUGUAACAUUAAUCAUUUUUAUGUUGCAUUUUUUAAAUUGUGGACAAUUUAUUUUUUUAAUAAAAAACAUGGUGUCCUUUUUUUUAAAAUUUUUAUUCAGUUCCAAAGUAACAUAACAUACUGUACUGGGGGGGGGGGGAGAUGCAGAUGUGUUACAGAUGGUGGGAUCGCACCCCCUAACUUGUAUUUAAGAAAAAUAAUUUGCUGUAUUAUUCUAUUGUUGAUAUGAAUUACUGGCAAGAUUUGUAAGGUAUGCGAGUGCAAUUUCCAAGCACCAGAGAUCCAUAUGCUCAAAAUGUUCACACCAUGGUGGGGCUGAGAUGGUGUGGACUCUCACGCACCACCUACUGCCAAAUCCUGCAUCCACCCUACCUGUACUGUGCAAUGUUAUAACAAUGGUUUAAUAUUCGAAAGCUAGAAGACCAAUUUCCAGUGGGUUCCUUAGGCUUAGUAUAUGAAAUCAAAUGUAUAUGAACGUUGUAGACCCAGUGGCUAAUCAGUGCAAAACAUGUUUAUUAUUUAUUAUUAUUAUUAUUGAUGGUAGAAUACAGUAAUAAAUAUUGUAUUAUGUA